AUGACUGGCGAAGCAUGGUUGUACCUGUUGGCGGUGCUGAUAAAUGCCGUCAACCUGUUCCUACAAGUCUUCUUUACUAUCAUGUACAGCGAUCUGGAAUGUGACUACAUCAACCCCAUCGAUCUCUGCAACCGCCUGAACACCUACAUCAUCCCCGAGGCCGCCGUUCACGCUUUCCUGACCUUCCUAUUCCUCAUCAACGGAUACUGGAUCGCAUUGAUCCUGAACCUACCUCUGUUGGCAUGGAACGGAAAGAAGAUCUUUGAGAACCAGCAUCUGUUGGACGCAACGGAGAUCUUCAGGAAGCUCAAUGUGCACAAGAAGGAAUCCUUCAUCAAGCUGGGUUUCCAUCUGCUCAUGUUCUUCUUCUACCUCUACAGCAUGAUUGUCGCCCUCAUCCGCGACGAGUCUCACUAG